AUGAAAAAGAAAUAGUAAAAAAGAAGUUCAUCAUCAUCUUCUUCCACAUCUAGAAGUAGAGAGGAUGAAGUUAAAAAUCAACGUUCUAAGGUUUCAUACUAAGAAUACUUGCUUCAAAGAAAAUAAAGAAGAGAAUCCAUUAAAAAAUCAAAUAUUUGGCAAUUUAAUAGUGAUUCUGAAGAAGUAAGGAGAGGUACUAAUGUUAUCAUCAUUUAUUCAGAUUUAUAAACUAUGAAAGAAUAAAGAAGACAAUAAAGAUUUAUUAUUGAAGAAUAAAUGAAAUAAGAAGAGGAUAAAUUAAGGAGAGCUAAAUUAGAUGCAAUUAUGAAAGGAGAACAUUUAUAAAAAAUACUUCCUUCUAAAUCAUAAGAAAGAGAAUAGUAAUCUUAACAAAAAGAGAUUGUGAUCUAAGAAGAAGUAAUAAACUAACAAGAAGAAAUAGAUUAGGAAUAAGAUGAAGAAGAAUAAUAGUAUUUUUUUUAAAUAUAUUCUUAAAGUUACUCAGAAACUGACUCUGAUGAUUCUUUUGCUGAGAAAGUUAGAAAAUUAAAUGAAGAAAUGUAAAAGAAAAAAGAAGAAAAUGAUAAAUCUUGCUAAAUAGGUCCUAUGCCUUUAUUAUUCGAUAAAAAUUUAUAACACAGAACCAAUUAUGGAAGUCAAUUAUUACCAGGGGAAGGAGCUGCAAUUGCAUAUUACAUUUAAUCAGGAAAACGUAUUCCUAGAAGAGGAGAAGUUGGUUUAACAUCAGAAGACAUAGAAAAAUAUGAAGGAUUAGGAUAUGUGAUGUCUGGAAAUAAACAUAGAAAGAUGAAUGCUGUAAGAUAAAGGAAGGAAAUGUAAAUUUUAAAUGCUGAAUAAGGUAAGGCUUUGAUGAUCUUCAAUUAUGAAUAAAAAGUUAAGAGAGAAAAAUAAAUCAUUGAUCAAUUGUAGAAAUAACUAAAGUUAAAAUAAACAAAUUAGGCAAAUUAAUGA